UGAUGUCUCUUAAAACUAUACAUUUAGAAUUCUUGAACAUAAGUAUUCAUAUUUCAAAUCUAAUCUUUAGAAAAAAUAGAAAACCUUGAAUUAUUUGAUAAAUUAUAAAUUCUCUUCCUCCAAAAUGUAAAUGAUCAUUUCCUAUGUAGAAUUAAAUUAAAGAAAUGGAAAAUUUAGAAACUUUAAUUAAUUUGGAGUAUUUGAAUCUGAAGAAUAAUUAAAUUCAAGUUUUGAAGGGAUUGAAAAAUAGUAAGAAACUAGCUUUUCUUGAUGUAUCUGAAAACUAAAUCAAUUCCAUAAUAUUUGAUCAAAUACCUUAAAUGAUUGAAAUUCUGAAUUUAAGCAAUAAUCCAAUUGAAACUGUAAUUAAAUGUACAUAAAUAAUAGAAUGUUGAUAUACGAAAAUAAUUGUUAUGUAAUUUAAAAUUGAUUGAUGAGAUUGACUCUGUAAAGAUUGAUUAAAAUGAACGAUUCUAAGCUUUGGGAAUGUAUGAAAAUUUUUAUUAUAAUCAUAGUUUUCCUAAAGAAUUAGAAAACUACUAAAAAAAAUUAACUUAAAGGAAAAUGAAGAAAAUAAUAAAAUUCAAAAAGUUGGAAUAAGUUUUGGAUGUAGAUAAAGUGGAAAUAAAGGAAGAUGAAUUAGUAGAAGAAGCUGAUAACUUAACAGAGAAGACAAUUAUGGACAUACAUAAUUUAACAGAGACUCUUAUAACGAAAGCCUAAUAGAGCAAUAUAGAGAAAUUAUAUUAGGUUUAAUAGGAAUUGUUAGAAUAUUAGAAAUUACAUUAGGAAAUAAGAAUUAAAAUAUAUGAAGAAUAAAUAUAAAAAUAAUAAAUAUGA